GGGUGAUGGUAAAGGGGAAAGAGAAUAGCAGCGUCAACCGCUCCGCUCGAAAACGACGGCGACGGGGGACGGGCUCUAGAAAAAGACAGCGUGAGGUACUAUGGAGAGAGGGUGACACACGGUGUCGCGUACGGGGGGUUUCAGUCUGUGUUCACCCAUGAGAGACACACCACCAUCGGCGACACGCUCCGCUCACGUUGCGAGGGUGAGGGCUCGCUUUUCGUUCGCCAACUGGUCAAACUCUCGUUCCUCAAGAGGAUCGCCCGCCUUCCGCGUUGAAUCCGAACGCGUCGCGAUUAGACAACCGUGAUCCUGUCACUGAAGAGGACGUCAUCGAGAGUAAAUAGAAUUUUUUUGACAAAAAGAUAGUAAUUCGGAUGAAACAUCGUGAGGCGAGUAGCGCCGUGCCCUUGUGAAUUUGACCCUGCGUCUGACACACGAGAUGAAGUGACAAGGACGGUGACAGUAGUUGCUAGUUAAGUGAAGUGUCAACCAAGUGUUUUAAAGGAGAGAAGUUGAAUAGCUUCGUCGAGACGGUAAGCUUCAUCAACGAACAAGCAGAUUGUGAACAAUUGGAAUUUGUUAAAUUAUGAGUCACGAAGGCGAAUUGUGCGCGUCAUAGCAAGUGGUCGACACAGUAUCGAAAUCGGUGACAAUUGAUUCAAACUGAAAAGUUUUGACGGAAGAUAUUUAAGAGAAAAAUGUUACGAAGGCUAAUUGCUGCGGGGAAAAUCGAAGAAGAAUAUCUUGGAAAGUAAGACAGUAGAAAUAGAAAAAGAGAGAAAGUGUCAAGGAUUACUAUUAAAUACUAUUCAUGUGUCUUGUCUAUUUUUGUGGAAUCUUGAGUUGAAGAUAUGUUCGACAAUUUGACAAAUCUAGCUGACGAUAACUAUCCGAGUCCUAUUGCAUUCAAUCGCCGCGCUAAUCGAGGGAAAAAGAAGCGCGAUCAAUUUGUGCAAUCUUUUCCAUUGUCUCAGCUAUCUCGAAGAAUUAUCGAAGUAGUUUCGUGAUUUGCUGUGGUUCAGUGAUUUCCGAGGAAAAACGCAAAUGAAACUAUCCAUUCUUUGUUAAACUGUUUAUUGCUUACUAUGUAUUUUGCUGCAUUUCAGUAAAAUGGUCAUUAUCGUAUCCAAACGGGAGUAUCUGAACACCGAAAGAUUAAACAUUUUUUAUUGAUAAUAUAUUUAGGCAACAUAAGACGCUGCGCUUGGAUGAACGAGCAAUUUUGCGCAAUUAUAAUUAUCGAAACGUGCAUUGCCAACUUCGAAGAUAACACUGGGGAUAACUUUCAUAGAAUAACACUGUAUUGUUGGGUAAAUCGCGAAUAAACGGCGCGCGACGCAAAUUUUGAUAGAGGAUAAGACUGUCAACAAAGCCAUUCAAAAUUCUUGAAAAACAGUAUAUUGUUAACUACAUCGUUAAUCUGAUAUAUCAAAAUAAUUUAGAAUAUUCAAAUUGAUCGUACUAAGCUAUCGAAGAAACGCCGGAGUAAAGACAUAUCCGAAGAAAGCUGUUCGUCAAUAGUGCACUGAACUACCUCGCUGUCGCUAUACGCUGCAGCAUGGGCCGUUAUCCUUGGUGAUGAUCUAACUUUACGUGACCUUGGGUGAUCUCAAACGUUUGAUCCUACCGCGGAGCCAUCGGCGGAGUUGGAGGACCAGUUCAGGAGUGGUGUUGUUCGAAAGGGUGGUGCGACGUUCGGGUACGCAAGUCUGCAGGCCAGCUCUGGGGUGCCGGGCCCGGGCGGGGUGAUGAGCUGCUCCGAUGUGAUGUAUCAAUAUUAUCCUUACCUCUACCAGACCCAUCGGCCACCGCCGCCGCAUCCGACCCACCCCCAUGCGGCCCCGCACAGCCACCCCCACGCUAAUCCGCACGCGGCCCACCACAGCCCAGCCAGACCAGCGCCCUUCCAACCCUUUCCGGCGGCCACGGCGACGCAUCAGUAUGACAGGCUGAACGUUCAUCAAAGGUCCCUGGAAGCGGCCGGUAUCGAGCUUUGCGGCGCCGGCGGAAGCGUCCCUCAAGGUCAGCCGAGCAGUGCGGGUUCCGUAGGGUCCGCGCCGAGUCCUGCGUCCCCAAGGCCAACGCCGCAACCGCGGCCGCCCCUCGCAACCACCACCUCGCAACCCUCGCGAACGUUAGACGACGACAGAUCGACAGACGGUGAGAUGAUUAAUUGUCUCGGUUUACAGCAACGUGUGUCUCGUCACGUGAACACCUGCGUAUUAAUACACCGGCUCGCAGGCGUGGGCGCCGGUACAACUGAGGACUCCGACGAUGGUGAGAGCAGGGCGCAGUACGUUAACGCGAAUUGCGUCGUGUUCACGCAUUAUCGGGGCGACGCGGCGUCGGAAGUGGAGGAACACUUUCAAAGGGCCCUCGCGCACGACAAAUUAAAAGAAAAUAUCUCCCCCAUGUCCAUGAGGAACUUUCCCCCUUCCUUUUGGAAUAGUCAGCAUCCCAGUGAUGUCUACGAGUACCCAACGGAUCCGUGGCAUCCGCAUUACCCGCAGUACCAUCACAGAGCCGUGCACGAGUACCACCACCACAAUAUGGCAGCGGCGGCGAGUUACAGUGGCCUUCUGCUGGGUGGUGCACGCGGCCUCGGCCACCACACGUCUCACCACGCGGCGCAUCACGCGCACGCCGCGGCGUCCUACAAGGAGUGGACGUCGGCGACGCCGUCGCAAUCCCUCGUCGAUGCCUCCUCGGCGCCGCCCUAUCCUCACGGCCACUACGCACCCCUCUCCGGUAAGACUCGAGUCUCAAGUUCAGGAUUCCAAGGACCUCUACUGGUUCUAGGAUCGAGCGUUGGAGAUCGGCAGGAGGCAUGCGGUUUCCUUAAAUUCAGAAGACGACUGAAGGACUGUGUUUUGAUUAAUAAGAAAAUUUAAUAAUGCGAUCUAACGAUGGAGAUCGUAAAGACGCGGACAUAAUAACAAGGACAUUGUUAAGGAAAAAUGACGACUGAGACGUCCGUCGUUGUCAUGUACAUAGUGUUACCUACAUCUUUUAAGGAUCUACUAUUAGCAUAAAACAGAUAGUAUUAGACGAAUACUUGCGCGCACUAUUACCUUUAUAGUGACUGCAGUGUCUGGCAUCGAGGAGAGUGAUUGGCCGAGAGAAUGCAUGACCGAGAAUCGUCUUCAGCUGGUACAAUAGCGUAGUGCGAUCUAGACCGCGUCAAGGCACAUCUAAAUUUCCCAAAUAAUUAACGGUAUCUUCGAUCUUCUUCUGCACAAUUUUCAGUCUGUAAAUUUUCAUUAAAUCCGCAAUGGUUAAUUAAUAACGAGCCACGCACGUUUGAAAUUUUACUAGAAAGCCAAUUUUUUAUUUAAGAGGCAAAAUCUUUUUAAUUUAUUUUUGAGAUCGCUGAUCUCCGAACUAGGGAAUAAUUAUUUGGCAAAUUUAGCUGCCGAGUUAAGUGAAGUAUUUAUUGACCAAUGAUCUUGCCAUAUAUAUAAAUAUAUUAUUAUUAAUUAUUAUUAUUAAUGUAUCAUAAACAAUAGGCGCCGCAAAUAUUCUGAAAUCUCCCCGAGUUAGCGAAUUAAAAUAGUUAUUAUCCGACAAGUCAACUAUUAUUCUUUGCACCCCUGGCUGCACCCCUCGCACAUCUUACCUCGUCAUCUCUCAAAUCAUUUCCACCUGCUACUCCACCGAUUAUUAUCUGUCCGGUAUAAUCGUAUUGCCUACAUUAAGCGCAUCGUAUCCAUCUCAUGUUAUCGCCUGUCUAAUUGUUAAAU